CCGAGCGGAGCCGUUAGCGCCGCGCCGCCGCCGCCCGCCCACCCCGGAGCAGCCCCGGGCCCGCCCGCCCGCGUCCAGAUAUAAAAAAAAAAUACAAUGUCUAAUGGUUAUGAAGACCACAUGGCUGAAGACUGCAGGGAUGAUAUCGGGAGAACGAAUUUGAUUGUCAACUACCUCCCUCAGAACAUGACCCAGGAUGAGCUACGAAGUUUGUUCAGCAGUAUUGGCGAAGUUGAAUCUGCAAAACUUAUUCGGGAUAAAGUAGCAGGACACAGCUUGGGCUAUGGCUUUGUGAACUACGUGACUGCGAAAGAUGCGGAAAGAGCAAUAAACACGCUGAAUGGCUUGAGACUCCAGUCAAAAACCAUUAAGGUGUCAUACGCACGCCCGAGCUCAGAGGUCAUCAAAGAUGCCAACUUAUACAUCAGUGGACUCCCGAGGACCAUGACCCAGAAAGACGUGGAGGACAUGUUCUCUCGGUUUGGACGAAUCAUCAACUCCCGUGUCCUCGUGGAUCAGACCACAGGUUUGUCCAGAGGGGUUGCGUUUAUCCGGUUUGACAAACGAUCGGAAGCGGAAGAGGCAAUUACCAGUUUCAAUGGUCAUAAACCCCCAGGUUCCUCCGAGCCCAUUACAGUGAAGUUUGCGGCCAAUCCCAACCAGAACAAAAAUGUGGCGUUGCUCUCCCAGCUGUACCACUCGCCAGCUAGACGGUUCGGAGGGCCAGUUCAUCACCAGGCACAGAGAUUCAGGUUCUCCCCUAUGGGUGUAGAUCACAUGAGUGGGCUUUCUGGUGUAAAUGUCCCAGGAAACGCUUCUUCAGGCUGGUGCAUCUUCAUCUACAACCUUGGUCAGGAUGCUGAUGAGGGAAUCCUCUGGCAGAUGUUUGGCCCCUUUGGCGCAGUGACCAAUGUGAAAGUGAUUCGUGAUUUCAACACCAACAAGUGCAAAGGGUUUGGUUUUGUGACGAUGACAAACUAUGAAGAAGCUGCGAUGGCCAUAGCAAGUCUGAAUGGCUACCGCCUGGGGGACAAAAUCUUACAGGUUUCCUUCAAGACCAACAAGUCCCACAAAUAACCCGCUCAUGCUUUUUUGUACGGAAUAGAUCAUUAAGAGUGACAGAAGUUGAAACUUUUUUUGUUAUUGUACAACUCAUUUUGCGCCAAUUUUCACAAGUGUUUGUCUUAGUCUAAAUGAGAAGUGACAAGGUUUUUUAUACUCUGGGAUGCAACCGACAUGUUCAAAUGUUUGAAAUCCCACAAUGUUAGACCAAUUUUAAGUUUCUUAAGUUAUUUCCUUUAAAAUAUAUAUUAAACAGAAAUCUAAGUAGACUGCAUUAACUAACCAGUCCCUCUGGAUGGUGGUAAAACUGAAGCAUGCUUUAACUUAUAUGACCGUCUAACAUUUGUUUGAUUUGAUGUCUCCACAAACUGGAUUAAAAAAAAGUUAUCUUUUAGUUUUAGUUUUUAAACUAAAGAUGUUAGACAGAGGCUGAGUGUGCAUUUUCUCAACGUUUUAAAUGAUUUAUGCCUUGGUUGACAGGAGAUUGCUUUCCCAAGCAGGUCCAUUGCCACCUCCUGCUCACUCAGUCCAGGGCUCUGCAAAGUGGCCUUGGGAGUAGCAGCGUGCCCGUCCGACGUGCGCCACCACAGGGGAGGGGGGCCACAUGCCGGGCCAGACCUUCCAGAGAAGGACUCAAGCGUGUUUUGUAAGCCCAGGCGCCAAUGGGAAUGGACCAAAGAGUUUCAGGGAAACUCCAGUAUAUUCCAGAGUCAAAUCUAAGCUCCAGACACGCCUGAAGAUGUGUUGCUACUCUGACACCCCGAAUUUCUGUCCAAACAUUGCAUGCACGGUGCCCCACACUUCGGAUACGAUUGUUCAUGAGAAUUUUUCCCGUUUCCAAGAUCAUUUAACAUAGCUUGAAUGUGUAAGAUAGCUCUAUUUUUUAAUAACAUAUAAACAUUUGAGCAUUGUAUUUCUCGCAUCCCUUCUUGUGAGCGCUAGAUUUUUUUUUCUAUUUUAGUCGGAUUUUGUUUUGAAAUUUUGCUUUCGUAUGAACACUCAGCAGAAAAGUACUUACUUCUUGCCAGUUGUCUAUUAACAAAAACCUUUGAUUUGUAGUUUUAAAGAUUAACCCUCAGAGUUCUCUUCAUAACUGCCUUGACAUUUUGGGUUGUUCUGUUAAUUUUCUUUUGCUUUUUUGUGUUUUUUGUUUGUUUUUACUUUUGCAUUUAAGACCAUUAAAUUUGAUUUUGUUUUGCUCGAAUUUUGUUUUGUUUUUUAUUUUACAUUUUCUUUCUUUUUGGCUAGGUAAGAUACAGAUGGUCCAGCAUUCAGGGAGAAUUUUUAAGGUCUUAAUUCAUAAAUAUUUGUCUCGAGAAAAAGCCCUUGCAAAUCUGUGACAUAGAAACUGUGCAGUCACAGGCGGGUGUUUUUUAAAUGGGGAGUCAGGAGGCAGAGUCUGAGAGCAGACCUGUGGAGUGGGCAGGGCCAGGUCUCCAGGCAACUCUCCAGGAAUGUAAUCUAGUUUUUAUGAAUGUCUAGUGUACAGAGAGAAUCAAGCAAGGGAUAACUAGGAAACUUUGUACCAGCAGUUUUUAACUUUGAUGCGAGACUAAAACAUGUAAUGAGAGUCUGGGUUUUUUUUUGUUUGUUUUAUUUUAUUUUAGUUAUUGAUAGCAUGGCAUUAUGGAUUUAUUUAUUUAUCUUUCUAUUUACCUGUUGAAGUGGAAAAUGGGGUGCGAGGCCUGGCCCUUCUCCAGAGCAGGUCAGUGUUUGGAGUGGCCCUUGGACACUUUGAAUGCCCCAGGCUGCCAGUCCCCGUUCUCUUGCCCUGAUACUCAGUUGAGGUGCUGCCAGCUGUUUACAUUGUCCUCACAAAUCUAAGUGUGACCAUGUGCUUUUCCCACUAAAGGCAGUUUGUACCCAGGCCUGGUCCCUUACAUUGGUCAAGCACCAUUGAGGACCUCCUUGGAGGCCCACAAAAGCUACGGAUGCUAAGUAAAGGCCAGCUGUGGGGCUCCUCUUGAAACCCACAACCAAAGCCGGGCCGCCUGGAUUCAACACAAAUUCCCUGCUCUGGCACUCCAGAGUAUUCCUACCCCUGGGACCAGAAUGUUUUCCUAGAAAAAUACACCUUUCAGGUUGUAGCAGCCUUGGGUCCACGUCUUUGGAGUGAAGAUGGGAUUCCCAAUCCGGAAAUCUGCCCCAAGUCUCACGAUUUCCACACAUUCCUCCCAGCUGUAGCUAAUGUUUGAUUUCUUAAAAGAAUUUUGUUUUAAGCAGAAACUGUGAAAAUGGUGGUGGGCACACACCAGCACCUCAUCUCCCCCCCCCCCCCUUUUAUUUGAACCAUAUUGAUUUCUCUGAUGCUGGGACAGAUGGGAAGGAAAUGUGAACUAUAUGAACCUUUGAAAAUUACCUGAGAUUUCUCAGUUUGGUAAAAUUUUCAUUUUAUGUGGUCUCAGCUGUUUGAACAGUCCUCUAGCUAAAAAUCCCUGUGCAUUUCUUUGGGAGUUUUAAUUUGCAAGAGUGAGGAUGGAUUUAGCUUUGGAAAUGUUUCUCCUGAAAAGCAAUCUUCCUUCCCAGUCAAGGUACUAGAUGCUGGGUGGUAAACGUUCAUUACAUCUUAUCUGGAGAUAAUGCAAAAGGAAGGUCCCUUUUUUCAAAAUUUCAAUCCAGAAAAAAACAUUUAGGAAAAACUACGUAAGUUAAUCCUAUUUAUAUUUCGUGAACCAGGGCUCUCCUUUUAUUUGAGACUUUGAUUAAAAAGAACUAAGAGUAGAUAAUUUAUCAAAAGUUUAAUUUGGUCAAUAUCACAGAGGCUUUGAUUGAAUUCUGUUUUGGUCUAUGUAUCUUCCCCUGAUAGCUACAUGUUCAGCAGCUGGAAAUUGGCAAGCCUGUUUCUGGCUUAAAAUGGGCUGAAUUACCCAUUUCUGCCCUUAGGCUCGGCCCUUUAUUUGGCUUUUCAGUAAAAUGCCAAACUGUGGUUUUCUCAUGCUGGCUGUGCCUCUAGUCACAAGUCUUGUGCCAGUGACUUCCCAGCCAGGGCGCUCAGCCCCCUCCCCUUCCACCAUCUUGUGAGAAUAUCUGAAAGCAAGCGGGCUUCUUUCCCUUGGCCUGGCUGCAGAUGGUGCUAGAUGGGACCCCGCCUUGUUCCAGAAGGUGAGUCUUUCCUGCUCCAGUGGCAGCUGCCUUCACAUUUAAGAGUCUGCAUUUGCUGUCAUUUCUAAGCAACCCAGUAUCCCAGGCCCUGGUCUGGGCUGCUGCAGGGAGCCCAGCCGCCACCUCGGAGCUGGCAGCUAUGGGUUCAUGGCUGUAUUAGAGAGUAGGUGGUGGCUCCAGAGACAGUUACUGGCAAUUAUUUAUCCUGGGUUGCCUCCAAUUGAGGGUUAUUUGCCCAUGAAGUGUUGAAAAGAUGAGACUGCCCCCCAAUCCUGUGUGGGGCUUGAAAAUUAAAGUUAACGUCACUCAGCUGUUCCAUUUCAUGUCCCAUUCAGCAUGAUUUUAUUUCUGUAUGCUUUUGAAGCCUUCAUGUUUGGGAUAAAAGACAAUAGUAAGUUGACAAGGGCCUCUUUUGCCCGCCCCACACCAUUCCACCUCAAACCCUUUUCUGACUUCCCAGGACCUCCCACACCUGCUCUGACCUCUGAGGCAGCUCCUGAGGAGAAACCUCCUCCUGGUCAUCAGGCUCCUGGGCCCACAUUCCCAGACUUCCUGAGCCAGCCCUGAAGUCACAAGUGCUUUCUGUUGAGUGGCAUUUACAAAACCUACCAUUUCUUAAAGUAGCGGUAGACUCUGAGCGGCCAGCUGAAUCCCGGACCUCUUACAGGGUUCACAUUUCAAAACCUCUUGAUUUUCCUCGGACCUCUAAUGAUUGUAUCAUAUUUUUCCACAACUUUUUGGUGACAGUUUUUUGCUUGGUCACUGAAAAAAAAUCACUUGUAACACACCACAGGUAUUAAGUUAGGCUCCCCAAAGGUUUGACCAGUGGCAUUGAGUACUGUAUUUUUACUUUCCCCCUGAAGGGUUUUCCUUUGGUGCCACCUCUUUUACCAUGUGAUGUUUGGUUUACAGUGACUUGCUUUGGGAGGGGCGGCUUUUUCAAUUGAUUCCAUGUUGUACAGAAGAUGGUUAGACAUUUUGUAUAUUAGUGUGUUUUAAGUUAUUGAUUUGUUUUAUAUAAAAUAAUUUAUUUUUCAGGUACCAUUUUUCAUUUUAACUUUGUUUUUACAUGGGUUUGUUUUCAAUAAAGUAUGACACUGCUGUCCAAAAGCCAACAAUAAAAGUGAAUCCCAUUUGUGUUCUUUUGAGGAUGCUUAUGUAACUAGCUUUUUUAUUAUUUUCAGAAAAGCACUGAUCCUUUUUCCAUCUUCCCAUUGCCUUUUUUAUCCUUGUGAAUAAAUGUUCUUUAGUGUUUUAGAAGGAAAAAGCAAACCUAGAUUUUGAUAAUCCAGAAGAUUUCAGAUUAAUAAAGAAGCUUCGAAAGAAGACCAUUUUUCAAAAUUUCA